UUUUAUUAUCUGAGGUUUUAGGAGGUAAUCAGGUUCAUUUCUCCCCCUCGAGACACCUGUUCUUUGUCCUAAAGACCUUUGGGAUGGAUACAAGGAAAUGAAGGAGCACUGACGGUAGACACAGAAGCAAGCGGUUUUUCUCUCACUGUUUUUGUUCAGAUCUAUUUGUCGACGCUAAGAAAUAAUGCAGUGUCUGCUUGAAAGCUUUACCAAAUGUGUCAAAGUGGAGGUAAUUGAAUUGUUAGAAUAAAAGUCCCAGAUGUUGCCAAAGCUGAAAGAUUUUUUAAAAUCUAAAGACACAACUCUUAUCAAUCCUUUUUUAAUCUAUUUUAUAGUCUCUUUAUGGUCCUUUGUGCAACCAUAGGAUGCCCUUAGAGGUUUUGCUCUGAGAUUUGUGUAGUGGACAUAUUCUCACUAAAAUGCUUGUUUAAAAUGGGUUCUGUUCAUCUCUUAGUCAAUGUCACUCAUUUGUGACCUACAAAUACUGAGCAGACUACAAUUUGAAUUGAUUCAUUUUCUAUUUUUCCUUUGCUAAAUGUAAGAAAUUAAAAGCACUUCAAAUAAGCUAUUUUUAGUAAGGGUCUGCAAAAAGCACAGCCUCUACUGUGAUGUAAUACAGCCCACAGUUGUAGAUAGUACAGUAUAUUCUUUAUAGCUGUAAGAGCUUGCUAGCCAACUUAAGUGAACCUGCACUCAUGCAGGAAGGUGAAGCGAUUUUCAUUGGUCAGUACAACCAUCAUUCCGGUCCAUUCCCUAAACGGGAUUGGUCAACGGCAAAGAGAGUAAUUUAGAUCCGUAGUGAUUGGCUUCCGCUAACGUCACUCAGGUCUACGUCGUUGCGUUGUGAGAACGUCUGAUGAGCCCGACGGUCUCAGGAAGCAGGGGCGCUUAUUUAAUAUUUUGUAGCGAUAAAGACGGUUGAAGUGCAACAUUUUUGGCGACGGGGGCACAGAUGAGGACAGUUAGACAUUUUCCAAUGAAUUUUUAGGAGGGUGGCUGUCAACGUCAGAGGACUUUUGUUAUGAUUUGGCGCUGAUAUCGACGAUGUUUACUGUUCAUCCCGAUAGGUCCCGCUGACGGGUAGCCAAUAACUGGUGCCUCUAGCCUUAAACUGCCUAAAUAUUAGGCAGGAACAAAAAAAAUACACUUUAUUUCUUCUUGAACGGGGGCCGGCGGCACGCCAAAAAUUUACUCUGGAGCCGGACACGGAGGAUAGUAUGGCCAUGACGGGAGGGACGGCCGCUGCCCUUCCCAUGAGCAACCACACCCGGGAGAGGGUGACCGUGGCCAAGCUGACCCUGGAGAACUUCUACAGCACCCUGCUGACGCAGCACGAGGAGCGCGAGAUGAGGCAGAAGAAGCUGGAGAAGGCCAUGGAGGAGGAGGGUCUACCGGACGAGGAGAAGGCCAUGCGCCGCUCACAGCACGCCCGAAAAGAGACGGAGUUUCUGCGGCUGAAGAGGACGCGGCUGGGAUUGGACGAUUUCGAGUCCCUGAAGGUGAUCGGACGCGGCGCUUUCGGGGAGGUUCGCUUGGUUCAGAAGAAGGACACGGGUCACAUUUACGCCAUGAAGAUUUUGAGGAAAGCGGACAUGCUGGAAAAAGAACAGGAGGCCAUUGCUCACCUCCUCUUCCGGCAGGUGGCUCACAUCCGCGCGGAGAGGGACAUCCUGGUGGAGGCGGACAGCGCCUGGGUGGUCAAGAUGUUCUACAGCUUUCAGGACAAGAGGAACCUCUACCUCAUCAUGGAGUUCCUGCCUGGAGGUGACAUGAUGACGCUGCUGAUGAAGAAGGACACCCUGUCCGAGGAGGCCACGCAGUUCUACAUAGCCGAAACCGUCCUGGCCAUCGACUCCAUCCACCAGCUGGGCUUCAUCCACCGGGACAUCAAGCCCGACAACCUGCUGCUGGACUCCAGGGGCCACGUCAAACUGUCCGACUUCGGCCUCUGCACGGGCCUGAAGAAGGCUCACCGCACCGAAUUUUACCGAAACCUGACGCACAACCCGCCCAGCGACUUCUCGUUUCAAAACAUGAACUCCAAGAGGAAAGCAGAAACCUGGAAGAAAAACAGGAGACAGCUGGCCUACUCCACCGUGGGAACGCCCGACUACAUCGCGCCCGAAGUCUUCAUGCAGACGGGCUACAACAAGCUGUGCGACUGGUGGUCCCUGGGCGUCAUCAUGUACGAGAUGCUCAUCGGUUACCCGCCCUUCUGUUCGGAGACGCCGCAGGAGACGUACCGGAAGGUCAUGAAUUGGAAGGAAACUCUCGUCUUCCCCCCUGAAGUCCCCAUAUCCGAGAGGGCCAAAGACCUCAUAUUAAGGUACUGCACAGACGCUGAGAACAGAAUCGGAGCUGUGAGCGUGGAGGAGAUUAAGAGCCAUCAGUUCUUCGAGUCUGUGGACUGGGAGCACAUCAGGGAGAGGCCGGCCGCCAUUUCUAUCGAGAUCAAAAGCAUCGACGACACGUCAAACUUUGAUGACUUCCCUGAAUCAGACAUCCUACAGCCAGCCAAUGCGACGGAACCUGACUUCAAAUCGAAGGACUGGGUGUUUCUCAACUACACGUACAAGCGCUUCGAGGGCCUGACCCAGCGAGGCACCAUCCCCACGUACAUGAAGGCAGGAAAGGCCUAGCACGCCAAAACCGCGGUGAAAAACCAGACCUUUUACGGACACAGGGUCGGGCCGAGGAGCCCCGCUGGUGCUGAAGGCCGCGGCCGCCGGCCUCUCAGUUUCAAUUUACCCCCCCCCCAUCACGAGUUAUUUAGGUCCGCUCGGCCGCCACAUAAACGCCAAGAGCUCAGACUAUAAGGAGCGCUUACCGCAUUACCUCGGUUGUUUGUAUCAUCCGUCUCCAGCCACAGCUCUCAGGCUCGCUCAGCAAGUAGGACACUAAAUCAGGAUACGUGCAUGUCCAGCCACACUCCCAGCUGGAGAUUUCCUUUCACUUCAUUUUGCCCCCUAAACAUUGCUGUGGAUAUAAGGCCAGAACGCCAAUGUCUUCUUUAACAUCCCGUCAUCAAUGGUUUUCGCCAGAUCAGCUCAAAUUUUUCACCGGAGGCUAAAUAUAAACUGGAAUCGAACAACAUUCCAGCAUGAUUUCAAGUGUUUUUGGGGAACGUUUAGCUAUUUAUUUAAAGAGUGCAGCUGUGUUUUAGUGAAGAAAAAUAACAUUUCAUUUUUAUUAAAUCUAAUUUUACAAACCUUUAGCCAAACCUAAGCCAAAUCUCUGGAGCUGUUGAAAUGCGUCCUUUAAUAAUAUCCUCUCCGCAGUCAAAUUGUACAAGAAACUAACCUUAUUUGCCAUACAAAUGAGCAGACAACCUCACAGAGACCAGACCUGAAGGCAUUGAAAUACGGAACGGCGCCAGUUCCUAAAAUGCUAACAAAUCAAAACUGCAGGGAUUUUAAAGCAAAGUUUAGCUCUCGUUUGGCAUCAUUAGGUCAGCGUUUGGAAGGUCAAGAAAUGGCACAACUGAGAAGUUUAAAGAUCCAAAUAAGUUGCAAGCAACGCUUUGAACUGGCAGGAUGGGCCAUUUGCUACAUGUUCUUUCCAAAGUGCCUCCUCCCGCUUGGUUCGGUUCUUCUCCACCACCUCUGUCAAUCAGAGAAAACACUAUAUUUUUAUGAAAAUUAAUUUAAAAAAUAGCCAAUGCUUGUAUUACUGAUGACAUAGCUUUCAUUCUGUGCUGUACUGAGCCAACAUUUGAAUCACUGAUGCUAAAACAUUGAACCAACUUAUGCUAAAUGUGUCACUAGCUAAACGUGCGCAUGCUAGCAUAGUUAUUGUCAAACGUUAGCCUCUGGAGUUUAGUAUUUUGUUCCAAUGUGGAGCCCAGAGAGAUUUGUGUUACGUCUUUACACACUGUAUAGUUACUCUUUAUUCUAGAAUCAGUAUAUUUAAAUAAACUCUCUUAGAAUUAUUUUUUAAAGUGACUCAUUUGAAAUUUCUACUGUUUUCUGCUUAGCAUUGCCAAACUUCCAAGGGGAGAGUUUGAACAAAAAUAAUUAAGGAAACACCUCAAAUCAUGCUGGAAUCCUCCUUCCAUAUGCAGUUUUUGUGGGAGUUAACUUUGGUUUUAGUCGCAGAUUUAAAAUCUUUUAGCCAGAAACAUUAAUGCCUGUGUGGCAUUAAUGUUCCACAUUCAGCUCAACAUGUGUUACAGUGAAAACGACUCAUUCACAUCGCCAACAAGCAGCCGGAUCCAUUUAGAGCCCGUUGUUUCAUCUAGAUCGCCGCUACACAAAUUGAUAUUUGCCGCAAUCACUUCCUUUUUUAAGUGGGCAAAACGUGCAAAGUGCCUUUUUUAAGUAGCUGGUGAAUAUCAAACCAGACGUUUAGCUAUAGUUUAGCCGAGGUAGAUAAAAGGACAACAGUGUGAUUUAAAGAAUAUUAAAGCUAAAUGACGGCGGCAAGAUGAGCAACAGUUGUCUUCUACGGUAAAUAAAAGGACCUGACAUUAGAUUACCGAAGGGGGCAAAGGCAGUAAAGAAAAUCAGGUUUUUAUAGGAGAGGUAUAACAAAAGAAGACUGUAAAAAAAAAAAUGAAGAAACUACAGAGGAGAGGAUGCAAGAAUAGAUGUUUUUUUAAUUAUUUUUUCCUUCUUAAGUAUCCGGUAUGGAUGUUAGUCUCUUUCUCACACGCUCAACAAAAGAAAAGAAAAGCAUCCUUUGUCCUCGUGGGAACUCAAACCGUUUUUUAACCGUCGCGUCUGCUCAGAGUUGUUACCAAAGAACUCUCAAAUCAUCCCACGUCGUGGUCCGAACACGGAUCCAGAUGUAGCUGUCGCUUACUGCACUUAACAUAAAACUACCUUUUUACGAGAGAGAGAGAGAAAGAGAGAGAAUGAGGAAAUACAAAAAACAAAAAAGACCUUUCCAGUAGAGCUAAACGCGGUUAUGGAGUAGUUUGCCGUUUCUGUUUUCUACUCGCGGGACAUUGAGUGUGCA